GAUUAUACUUGUGGAUGUUUGGCUCUCAUUCUGACGGCACCCAUUCACUGCAAAUAAUCCAUUGGUUAGCAAGUGAUGUGAUGCUCAGUUUCUUCUAAUCUGUUCCGGCGAAGAAACAAACUCAUUUACAUCUUGGAUGGCCUGAGGAACGACAGGUGGCAGCAUUACAUCUGCAGACUAACCGCUGAACCUCCCGCAUACGAUGGAGAAGAAGCGCGUGGAAUAUUUUCAAUUCUUCCCAUGUCAGGCGCCCAGUGAACUUGACAAGCAGUAAAAUUACAGUGAAGGACCCACCAACAAUUUGACCUGUUGUGCCACAUAAUAGCGGAUAUUUCUCGCUGUGUCAUGCAUCCUAUAGAAGUGUCAAUCCCGUCUUUUCGAUCGGAGGGCAGUAACGUGGAGAAGGGCUACACGGUUUUUAAGAUCGAGGUGCUCAUGUGUGGCAGACAGCAUACUGUCGAGAAACGAUACAGUGAAUUUCACGCUCUACAUAAAAUGCUUAAAAAGAUUAUUAAACCUCCAGAAAUCCCUUCAAAGCAUGUGAGGAACUGGGUGCCUAAGGUUCUCGAGCAGAGGAGACAGGGUCUCGAGCUCUACCUCCAGACUAUAAUCAUGGAAAAUGAGGUUCUUCCAAAGAUAUUCUUGGAUUUCCUCAAUAUCCGCCAUUUCCCGUCACUGCCAAAAACUGAGAGUUGUGGAUCAUUUGAAACUGAAUCAGAGGAAUCAAGUAAACUGACACAUCAACCAGCACUUCUCUUCCAGAGAGAUCCCUAUUUGCUGCCUACCACCAAUGAUACGUUUUCAAAUAUGGUUAUUGAAGGUGUGAUACGUGGAAUAUUUUACCCAGACUUCCAGCCGAGGUAGAUCUCAGCACUACAGACGACGUCACUUCAAGUUCACAGAUAAAAAGGGAUUUAUAUUACCAACACUAAAUCACGCAGCACCAGUUUAACAGACUCACUCAUUACAGCCUUAAGAGUGUAGUUUGAUAUCAGCACUCCAUGAUAUUCUAGUUUGUUUUUGUGUUGUGUUUGCAGUAAUGAGAUUUUAGUUUUCCACGACAUGCAUAUCGACUGUCAAAUCAAGGUCUCGUUUAAUAUCAGUAGUACCUCCGCAUAAAUUUGCACAUCUCUCCUAGUGUCAUACGUGAGGUCAGAAGGAUGUUUUGUCCACUGACUAUGUUUCUCCAAAUAAGGUGACUUAUGAAAUACAUUGUUGGAAGAGCCUUGAAUCUUAUCGUUAGGUUAUUGAAUUGUGAACGUUAUUUUCCUUGUUUGUUUGUGAUGUGGCAAUUAUUGAUAACCAGCCUUGGCUUAUAAUUAGCAAAAAGGGAAGUACUGAAUGAACCAAA